GAACAAUUUCUGCAGUCAUCAUUCCGAGGUUUAGGGCGAGGUUCGUAGCACCACUCGCGGCAAACCUUCUCUCUAAUUCGCAGCUCAAUUUAUCUGCCUCCAAAGCCUUCAACAUGCGUGAAUGCAUCAGUAUCCAUGUGGGGCAAGCUGGCGUACAGAUUGGCAAUGCAUGCUGGGAGCUGUACUGCCUGGAGCAUGGGAUUCAACCGGAUGGGCAGAUGCCUAGCGACAAGACCAUCGGCGGCGGGGACGAUUCCUUCAACACAUUCUUCAGCGAAACAGGAGCAGGAAAACACGUCCCGCGGGCCGUAUAUGUGGACUUGGAACCCACCGUGGUUGAUGAAGUCCGUACCGGUACUUACAGGCAGCUGUUUCAUCCUGAGCAGCUGAUCACGGGCAAGGAAGAUGCGGCCAACAAUUAUGCCAGAGGACACUACACUAUUGGUAAGGAGAUCGUGGAUCUUGUCUUGGACCGGAUCCGCAAGCUGGCGGAUCAGUGCACGGGACUGCAAGGGUUCCUCAUUUUCCACAGUUUCGGGGGCGGAACUGGUUCCGGAUUCACGUCCUUGCUCAUGGAACGGUUGUCCGUGGAUUAUGGCAAGAAAUCUAAGCUGGAAUUUGCCAUCUAUCCAGCGCCCCAGGUUUCAACAGCCGUUGUGGAACCUUACAACUCUAUCCUAACCACCCACACAACUCUUGAACAUUCAGACUGCGCUUUCAUGGUAGACAACGAAGCCAUUUAUGACAUCUGCAGAAGGAAUCUAGACAUUGAACGCCCCACUUACACCAACCUGAACAGACUGAUCGGCCAGAUCGUGUCUUCAAUCACAGCAUCUCUACGGUUCGAUGGUGCCCUCAACGUCGAUCUCACAGAAUUCCAGACCAACCUCGUGCCCUAUCCCAGGAUCCAUUUCCCUCUGGUGACAUAUGCCCCCGUGAUAUCCGCCGAGAAGGCAUACCACGAACAGCUGACGGUUGCAGAGAUUACAAACGCUUGCUUCGAGCCGGCUAACCAGAUGGUGAAAUGUGACCCGAGGCAUGGAAAGUACAUGGCUUGCUGCCUCUUGUAUCGAGGGGACGUUGUACCGAAGGACGUUAAUGCUGCUAUUGCCGCCAUCAAAACCAAGCGUUCCAUUCAGUUCGUGGAUUGGUGUCCGACUGGUUUCAAAGUUGGCAUCAAUUACCAGCCGCCAACUGUCGUGCCUGGUGGCGAUUUGGCGAAAGUGCAACGAGCCGUCUGCAUGCUGUCCAACACGACAGCCAUCGCCGAGGCUUGGGCCCGUCUAGAUCACAAGUUCGACUUGAUGUACGCCAAGAGGGCCUUCGUCCAUUGGUAUGUUGGAGAAGGUAUGGAGGAAGGGGAGUUCUCCGAAGCCAGAGAAGAUUUAGCAGCAUUGGAGAAGGACUACGAGGAAGUUGGAAUCGAUUCCACCGAUGGUGCAGAAGAGGAAGGAGAAGAGGAGUAUUAAGCAACAGGCCUUUACCUGCUUGAAUUACAAAUCUUUUUCCUUAAGCAGCUAAAUUCAUCAUGUUGGGUUCGCUGAUUUUCAUUCUCGGUUGAAAAGAUUAAACUUCUCAUUCUUUUAUAAAUUUUGCAUUUAAUAAACUACUUAAGUCUAUCA